AUGGAGCGUCACGACUACUUCCUGCUGGUGACGACGGCGACCUGCGCAGCGCUGGCCGUCGCGUCGUUCCUGAUCUUGAUCGUUCCCUCCCCGCACUACGUCAUCCCGGUGGAACUCUUUCAGUUCAUGGUGGCGUCGACCGGGGCGCAGAUGAUGUGGUGCCUCAUGGCGAUACCCGUCCACAUCUGCAUCCUCCUUGGGUGGACGGCGCCGCAGGAGCUUUUCUCAUACAAGUCAGUGGUGAUACACUGGAUCUUGACGGCUGAGUCUCUGGUCUGGGCCUCAGUCGGGGUGGGUCUCGUCCACAGCCAGCACUUCGCUCGCAGCUCCUGCGCUGGCUUGUCGGGGGCCGUCUGCCGGACCAGGUGGGAGCUAUCCUCGUGGCUUGCCCUGGUCAUGGCGGCCCUCAGCAUCGUCGACGCCCUGGUUCUCCGUUGGGCCACAAGCCACACGCAUGGCGCUGCCCAAGCCUGUUCAGUUUAAGGCUUUGUAGACAACCGUAUCCAUGCUUGCUGCAAGCUUUUCAUUCUUCGUGCGUGGAGGCUGGAGAGUAUACACCUUCAUGUGUUUGGUUGAUGGUGUUGUGGGUCGUGUGGCAGCCUAUAGCUAGCCAGAUGUGAACCUUUGAUGUGUUCGGAUGGACUUCUAGAUUUCCUGCCUGAUCCAGAUUUCACCCCAGUAUAUAUGCUCAUGUGCUGAUGGACUUCUAGAUUA